AUGGGCGGCGAAUCGAGUGACUGGCAGCUGACACCCCUGCGUACCUUGGAUGACUUCAUCCUCGGCUCUGCGAGGUUCCAAAUACCACCGUACAGGGAUUCUAACCGGUGGACAAACCGUAUAAUCAACAAUCUGUUGUAUUACCAAACAAACUAUUUCGCUUUGAUCCUACUUAUGUUUCUCAUUGUUGGAGAAAUGUGCUUUGGCUUGUUUGCCCUGUGUUUAGCGAUCGGAGCGUUCGUCUACGUCACUAGCAAGCAUGAGCAACUACUGCAGUUUAAAAUUGCCCAUCCCAUAAUAAAUAUCAUCGUCAUAUUGCUUGCCUCUUUUCUGUUGGUCCGCAUGCUAGAUUCGGUACUGGUUUUCAUCUUUGGACUCGCUUUACCGCUUCUGAUGACAUUCAUUCACGCAUCGUUCAGACUGCGAAAUGUGAUGAACAAAUUGACGAACAAGCUGGAAUCGCUGGGAUUAAAGAAAACGCUGAUGGGUCAUCUUUUAGAUGCCCUCGCUUUUAUCUUUAAAAUAUGUAUUUAG